UGGGUCGUGGUAGAACCCCACCACAUCGAUCACUCUUUUUUUUUUUUGCCCUUUAAAUCUCGUUUCCCCCCUCUCUUUUCCUCCCCAAAUCCCCAAAUCCUCAGAAAUGGGCAUCCCUUUCCCCUUCCUCGUCGUCCUCUUCCUCCUCCUCGGCUCCUCCCUCGCCCACUCCACCGCUGCUCCCUCACUCAUCGAGGCCGUCGGAUCCCGAUCGGUCGACGUGGGGGCCGGGGACGACUCGGACAAGUGCGUGUACACGGUGUACGCGCGGACGGGGUCGGUCUGGAAGGCGGGCACGGACUCGGUGAUCGGCGUGGAGCUGACGGGAUCGGACGGCUCCGGGGUGCAGAUCGCGGACCUGGGGAAGUGGGGGGGCCUGAUGGGGGAGGGCCACAACUACUUCGAGCGGGGCAACCUCGACGUGUUCAGCGGGCUCGGGCGCUGCACGACGUCGCCGCCCUGCCGGCUGAACCUGACGUCGGACGGCAGCGGGGCCAACCACGGGUGGUACUGCAACUACGUGGAGGUGACGACGACCGGGCCCCACGCCGGCUGCGCCCAGCAGCUCUUCACCGUCGAGCAGUGGCUCGCCACCGACAGCAAACCCUACCAGCUCUACGCCCUCCGCGACAACUGCGCCGCCCCCCCCGCCGCCGAGGUCGAGGACCACUGAGCUGCCGACAGCUGGCCUCAUCUGAUCCGUCUCGCUUCCCUGUCUCUGCGUGUUUAGCUUUUCGUUUUCGGGCAGUGCCCGCUAGCUACGCUGUAAGCUGUGUGCCGCUGGUGGUGUUUCGGUACGAGGAAAAUAAAAUGCGGACGAUGAGAUUUGGGCCUGA